UUCGACUUCGUUUCGUCACAGCUACAGUUUGUGAAGUUUCGUUCCUGUUGUGAAUUCGAACUCUUGAGUUCGGUCGAAAUGUGUAAGCAAUGUCGGACUUCCAGGUAAAAUCUCUGGCCACGCUGCGCCAGGAGAAACUGUUUAGGGCGAAGGAAGACAACGCGCCAGCUUCAAAAGCAGCACCACGAGGGCUCGGUACCAGGAGGCUUCAGGUUAGGAGGGAAGUACUCUACUCUUCUACGUCACCGUCUCUGCUCCCAGCUACUGCAGCGGAAUGCACACAAAACGAAUCGACAGCUUCAUUUCGUAUUUCAACAGAAAAUGUUGCAACCAAGACACAGGCGGGAGGAGAGAGUGCUGUCUCAUCAACAAAGGUGAUGCGCCAGACCACCAGCACUUUUACGCCAAACAGCUUGUCAAGCUCCAAGUCCGCCAGUGUUCGUUUGCAGCGGCCUGGGAAAUCUGUGGGGGCAUCAACAUCCAGUGCGUCCUUGGCUCAUCCUUCAAAGUCAUCGCCUAUUACUGUGUCAUCCUCAUCAUCAUCAGGCACAGUAGGACAGAGGCAAACCAGCUUGGUGAGGGUCACAUCUCCAACAUUGAGCAAUGCUGCACCAAACAAGCCAAUAGCACUUACCAAGCCAAGGCUUGCCUCCCCUCCGCUCACACAAACAUCAGGUGGGCACACGACAAGGCCAGCUCGUAUCAGAAUCGCUUCACCGCCUGCUCCAGCUAUGAAGCUGACUCGGACAUUGGUUAACACCUCUUCCUCACCAGCUAGCCCUCCAUUAGUAAUGCUUGUUCAGUCUCCGCCAUCGUCAUCUGUUAGACCGUUGCCAGUAAGGGCAUCUGCUCCGAAGGUAAAUUCGCAAGCCAGCAAGCCGGUCACAUCUACCACUGUCCCAGCUGUAAAAUCACCGCCUCCAUCGUGCGAAGCAGCUUCAUCUGGUGGUACAGCAACGAAAGGGCGGGUCAACUUGCGGCGAUCUACAAAUGUAUCAGCUUCUUCAUCGCCAUCACCGGCAUCAGCAUCGAUGGUAGCUGCUCAUUCCUCAGUACAAACUCCUAAUUCUGUGAAUGAUUGUAUUGUAAUAGGAAGCAGCAGUCCCGAUAAUUCUCCAGAGCUCGUCGCAACGAAGCGCCCUCAUCAUGAAGACGGCCAUGUGGAUACGAAGAAGCCUCGUCGCUUGAAGCUGUCUGGUCGCGUGGCCAAUGCCCCCAGUGCGGAAAGCAACACUACUGACUCAAGUACACCCUUGGGUAUGAGUAAUGAUUCCAGCACGCAGCACACAUCCAAAGACGACUGCAUCCAAAAUGAAGCUGGCGAGAUAAGCACUACCAGGACAUCCACAUCAGGCCCCACACCUUCUGGCUCGCCCAACAAAGUCCAUGCUGACAGUGAUGGACAAAAUGCUAUGGAAGAACCUCUGCCGUUGUCGAUGGAGGGAUCCAGUUCUGCUGCUUCUAGUACCUAUCAAGCUGGUAUUGAGGAAGAACAUGGUGAUUUUGACAUGGGCGGAGGUGACGAGGAAGGUGUCUUUGUUUCAGUUCAUAUUGACUCGGGCGAUGAGAUCAAUGACUUGGUAAAUGGAACAGAUGGCAGUAUUGUUUCUCCUUCUCCAAGGUCCGUAACAGCCCAAGCUCGAACGCAUAGCAGGGAGGGCAGCAGAAAGGACCGCUCCAACGACAACAGCAGGAGUAGAAGCUCAACGUCACACAGAAGUCGCUCCCCGCACGAGUGUGACGAUCGUGAUCCACACCGCUCAGCUAGACGAGAAUCCAGGCGGCAAAGGCACGGUGAUCAUGGCCGCUGUGGCUCCAGCAACGUCGUCAGUGGAGGCAGCACCAACAACAGCAGCAGCAGUAACAGCAAUGGAAGCAGCUACAGGCCGAGUAACCAACGUCACUUGCCACAGCAGGCAUCCAGAAAUGCCAGCAACCCUGUUAACAGCAGUACGUCUCGUCCAAGCAAGGUCCCAUCAAGGGAUACUGUGUUGCCAGCAUCUGAUAACACGCGGAAAUCUCACGAAAGGUCACAGCCAAGGAUGGAUAGGAAGAGAUCCGGGGAUGUUGCACACAGUGGUCAUCAAGCUCGAUCAAAGAAUGCCAGUCAACCCACUGCAGCCGAAAUGAAUGCACUUGCGCAACAGUGGUUGAAGCGCCGUGAUCUGUGUCAGUAUCACAUCAAUGAAAAGAGGGGCUGUCGUGUUGCAAGUUGUACCAAUGACCAUGUCAGGCCCCGUAUCAUGCCAGAUUACGUGGAGUACUACUGUAAGGAGGAGAUGUGGAAACGUCACAUGGGCAGGAAAGAGUCCUGGCCUAACUUUAAAUUGUCUCUACCGAGGGCAUUGGAUGUGGGAAAUCCUGCCAUCAGCCAUCGGCUUGGAGUAGCUUCCGACCUCCUCAGGCGUAAUAUAGAUGCUGGCUGGCAAGUGUAUGUUGAUCUUCUACGGGACCACCCGCGCUGUGUUUUGCCGGCGUCGUGUUGUGAGAGUGUCCUGGGCAUAUGCAAGCAAGUCGGGAGUCGCGCUCCGUACACGGUGGCGUUGGCCGCGUUCCGGCACAUGGAGCAAGUUGGCUGCAGUCGCCGCGAUUAUGCUCUGCUGUUUGACAUUCUCGCCGCAGCAGAUGCUAUUGAUGAGUCAUUCAACGAAUUUGAGCGCAUGAAGAAAGUUUAUCCGCCUUCAUCUGAAAUAAUCUCUCAUAUGCUGGCAAUUUGCAAGAAUGUCGACCCAGCCCGUGGCUUCACCUUGCUCAAUGAUAUCCAGCAGCAUGGCCUCUUCAACACCAGAAUGCUCGAGAAGCUGAUGGCAUUGUUCCAGGCGGACAAGAAGCUUGCUGGUCACAUGCCAGGAGUAUUUCAGCUGGCUAAACGGGAAAAGGUCACAGUUUCUGAGUCGGCUUACUUGACUGUACUAUCUGCUAUGGUUGCGGCAAAGGACUUCUCCCAAGCUUUCAAGUUUCUGACUGACUUCAACUUGAACAAGCUCACUCCGAGCUUACUCGUUGAGCUCUGCAGGUGUGGUACCGACGACCCUAUGUAUCUUCAGUCAUCGCUUGGAGUACUGUCCCAGCACAGUGAGGCUGCACAGUCACGGCUUCCAGCGGAGAUUUGGAAUGGACUUAUGACGGUCUGUUUGCAGGAGAAAGAGAUAAAGGAUGCGUGUCACUUGUAUCGGGGAGCCAUGUCUUGCGACAUACCUGUCAGCACGGAGGUUACCAGUUUGUUCAUGAAGAGUGCUCCUGGCAACGGUGACAUUGAUGGCAUGUCAGAAAUUGUAGAUAGCUUAGCCAGAGAGCAGCGGCACCGCCAACAGCAGGAGGAACAGGAUAAGAAGAAGAAGAAGCUGCGUCGAUCCAGUGGCGACGAUAGGAGAUCGGGAACGGCAGCACAUAAUCGCGACUCUGGCGAUGUCGAAUCAACAGCAGCGGAAACAUCACGUGCACGCAGACCAUCACCAGCAGGAACAAUAGCAGUAGCGGCAGGUGAAGAAGCAGCUGCAUUAGUGUCAUCAGCCUCGCCUGACUGGCAACAGCCAUCACCAUCGUCCAUGCAGUCGCUGUGCCAGGGCCUAAAGGACACUUGCUCCUGGGCCAGUUUAUACAAAGUCACCAUGACCAUGCUAGCGAUGAACAUGAUGCCCGAGACAGACGUACUCGCUCUUCUUCUUCGAGAGCUUGGUCAGGCGGAUGACUUUGCGAAUCUGCACGACCUGGUGCUGCAGUGCAUCAAAAUGGACGUGGAUGUACCUAGUGGAUUCUAUCAGCAAGCCAUGCAAGUCCUCUCCAACUGGGACAGGAAUCCAUCCGCCAGUGAUGAAAUUACGACGGCUCUGAAUGCACGAGAAGGAAAGAGUGCUGUCAACGGUUCAUCUGGCACUUCAUUGGAGCUGAAUACUAGACAAACACCUGGCAAUAGCCAGCACACCAACAAUGGCUCUUUGCAGUCUUCAACUCACACUGUUGCUGCUAAUGUUGGUAGUGAAUCUGAGGAGAGGUCUUUGUUUAUCUUUCAACAGCUCAAGCUCCAUGGCAAAAACUCCGACUGGCCAAGCAUGGCAAAACAAUUCAUGGAAAUGCAACAGGUGGUGGAUGUGUGUAUGGAUCAUGUGACAAUGGUGCGACGCAGUGACUGGCUACUGUGUGGAUUGAAAACCUCAGCUAUUAGGUGUGGUUGCGCCUUCAGAGAAUUCCUGGCCGCCAUCUAUCAGCUUGUCUCGGCAGAUACCCCGAGCUCGGAUUCAAGUGGAACAGAGAGCAGAGCAGCAGUGGCACGCAGUGAUGUUGUCUCUGCCAUUCCGACACUAUCCGAUACUGAUCAGGCAUUGCUAGCCCAUGUGGGCAUAUCACUGAUUGUACAACUGGCCCAGGAGGAGGACUGGUCUGAGGCCUAUCUUGUGCUCUUCUCACUGCAUAUCCACCAGAUCCAGUAUUUGAAUGAAGAGUACCUGGAGCAGGCGUCGCUCGCCUACCCACCCGCCACACUGACACGCAGUCAUGUAGCGCUGCUCUGCGUGCAAGUCUGCCUGGAAAUGGGGGAGCUGGUCAGCGCUAUGCGUGUACUGCAGGCCAGUGACUGGGCAGUGUGCUCAUCGGCAGAUGCCGUGCUUAUCCGACUGGUCAGUCAGCAGCGCACUGCGUUACUGGAGCGCCUGCUGGCUGCAUUCCUAGAGCAGUCCGACUUUGUUCUGGCCUUUACCAUCAUCCAGCAACUACCACUGCGUGAUACGAGUGCAGUAGAAGGUGCUGGCAAUGACGGCAGCAAGAGUGCCAACACGAGUGCAGUGGCCAACGCCUGUGCGCGUACUGUUCACCUAGCAUGCUGUGGGGAGCCACCAAGCUCCUCACUCGCUAUCCAGGUGUUUGAAUACAUGGCCCAGCGCUCGCUCAUCGCCGAACCUAGCCUGGCCAGGCGCAUGUAUGCACGUCUGCUUUGCACUGUCGUCGGAAUGCAGCGACUCACGCUGGCACGACAAAUGUUCCUAGCUGCGCUGCGCGAGCACUUCUACGAGUGCCCGCGUGUGGUCAGUCCACUCCACCUGCUAACGCUGAAGGCACAUGAGCUAGAGGCUGCCGAGCUAUAUCUACUCAUUGAGCACUAUCUGUAUGAGCUGGCUGAGUCACUGCAGGCUAAGCACCAGGGCAACUCUCCCUGGUCGUUUGCGAUACGUCCUGUGCUGGAACAUCAACCUGUCAUGCUGAUGGUGCAGUGCAACCAGUCGAUAGCACAACAUGAUCCGGAGCGCUGUGACCACGCCGUUGAAGUUGUGCGCACUGUACUGGCGGAGUAUCUGCCUCCAGCGCUGACCGCCCAACUUAGCCCACAGCUGGAGAAUGGCUGUCACUGUCUGCGCUUGGACCCUGGGCCGUUGGUGCGCUGGUUCACAACGAACAGCAACAACCCAUACAACAUCAAACAGCUAUUCGGCAGUCCAACCAGCUACUCUGCUGCUGCUGUUGCCACUGAUUCAACUACAGGCUCUGAUCCAAAGAGGGAGCACAGCGCCAGCAGCAGAAGUCGCAAAAAUCUAUCACCUGGUCACUGGAGUUCAUCCGGUGAUCGGAAACCCCAGGCGUCACCACUCUCGCCAUCAUCUCUAUCUGGAAGAUAUGCAUCAAGUGAAGGCAGUUUAAGUCUGCCAGCAGCUGUGGAGCUCAGUGAAGAGGAGAGGAAGCCAGCAAGUACUGCAGCUGGUGGAGGUGAUGGCGUCGCGUCAUCAACCAAUCAGGCAAUACCCACAGUCAAGGAUGGUGAAUCGUUCCCGGACCUGCGCAUGCUGCGGAGUCACAUAGCACGGCGCGUGUGCCGUCGCCUGACCAAGCACAUGCGCAACGAUGUAUUUGCUGAGGGUGAGUUCAAGAGCAUAGCACAGGCGCGUACCCACUCUCUGCUAUCCCAGCUGCAGGACAAGGGACUGAUUGGCACUCUCGUCAACGACAGCCGACUCGAGUCGCGCAUCCGACGACACGUGGACAGUGGAUUUCCGUCACUGACCAAGAAGCACAAGGCUUGACUUGUUUGUUUACGGUAUCGUACCCUUAGUGACUGUCUCUAGCUUUGUUUUGUGUCGGUGUACCUUCGGCAAAGUGUGCUUUUCUAUUCUACUAUUUAUUCUUCUCCUUUCUGUGACAUACCUGGCAGGUCCUGAUGGUGGCACAUCCUUUUUUCUUCUUCUGUUGUGUGAACUAGUCAACUUGACUACAUGAAAAUUGGCGCUUUAUUAUUGUGUGACUAAAUCUUAUUUGACUUUCGAGAGCAGUUGUUUAUUCUCUCCUAUUUUAUUGUGUUUCAACACAUCUAUUUCCUGACUAAUUUGCUAGCUUGUGCCUCUGGCUGUUUCUCCCAUUACUUUUUCUUCACAGCAACUAAGUGUCCGUUACACAAGAGUUGGUACUACUGCUGCAGUUCCUUGUUUCUUUAUACCAUUCUUCUUCCGCUUGGUAAGCGUCCUUUUUCAUAGCAUUCGAUAGUGUAAACAGUUUGUGUUGUGAAAGAACGUCAUCUUGUAUAGUGAUUAUCAUACUAGGCUUGCAUCUAUCAUACUUCAAAUACAUGACAGUCUGCUACUACUUCAA